GGUGAAUAUUUUGAUCAGUCACAUGUGGCUCUACCAAAUGUUUCAAAGUUCUUCUUGCAUCAAGCUCUGGAAGAGAGAAAAGCCGCAGAGGCUUUGAUGAAGUAUCAGCAAGAAAGAGGGGGCCAUUACUGUUCUAAAACCAUUCAGAAACCAAACUGUGAGUAUGCAGUUGGUCUGAUGAAAGCCCUGGAACUAGCAAUGGUACAGUGGAAAACUAUGGUACGGUAUUUUGAAGAGCUUUAUGCCCUGAGUAUUGAAAAUGCAGACCCUCAUAGUGCAAGCACUAUCAAGAAACAAUUUAUCGGGCCCAAAGUCCAGAAGAUCAAGCUGAUGGGAGAUCUGCUGACCAAUGCUCGCAGGCUUGACUGUUCCCAGGAUGGCAGAAAUAGUCUUGGGGAUUACUUCAUGGACCGGUUGCAGGAAGAGUUCAGAACAGGCGUAGAGCCAGAGUCUAGUCAGCACUGCGGGCCCUGCUCUCCUCUGCAGCAGCGUACAGGAGCUGCAGAGGGUCUGAAGCGACCCCAGAGAGAAUCUUCCCAGCACAGAAAUGGCAUAGGGCCAAUCUGUGCAACCAUACACUGCGCUGCCACCCUGCCACAGCGUAAUGAUGGGACAGGAGCAAAAGUGAAGCAGGGCAGGGAGGGCCUUUAAUGCUGUGGCUGUUGCAGCUACAAGGCAGCUCCUAAGGCAGGCUUGUACAGAGGGUGGACUUGAGACCAGGAAUCGGGAGACAUGAUGCUGUAUUGCUCCUCCUGCUUUACACCCUGUCCUAUGUUCAGCCACAGCUCAAAAUCUAGCCCAUAUCAUUACUGCAUUUAAAUGACAGCAAGGUUGCUAGUUAC